AUGGCUAAAAGUCCCAAAAAAGCGGGGGCUAACUCGAGGGGCAGCUCACGCCCCCAAGAACUGUACAAUAAAGAUGUUCCACCCAAAGUUGGUGGAAAGAAAAUUAAAGCAUAUAAGAAAAAUUUCGUUAAACCUCCCCAACGACGUUUUAGUAUAGCCGAUACAAGCUCAUCAGGCUCGAAUUCUGAAUCAGAGAAUGGGGGAAACUAUAACUAUUAUGAAACUAACAAUUACAAUUCAGGUUCCGAUUCAGAUUCUUCUUUAACUGCGGUAACAGAUAACGAUGAGGCCGAGGCGUCAAGAAAGGGUUCUGUAUUCUUUGAGAGUGCUGAUAAUGAAGAGUUCUAUAAACCAACGAGGAAGUCCCCUAAGAAGAGUAAACAGACUAACAAGAAUACAUACAAGCCAACAAGAUCAGCCAAAAAAUCAAAUAAUGUUGCCAAGAAGAGAACACCAAAGAAGACCGUUAAUUGGAAUCAAUGGGAUAACCAAUUGAAUGAAGAUGCUAUUUCAGAAAAAUCAGAAUCUUCAUCUGACGAGGAAAAAGUUGGACUAGGUGGGUUAUACUCCAUGAUGAACCACCAGAAACAGGCUCAGUCAGAUUCAGAUGAUUCGGAAUCAGAAUCAGACGAAGAAGAACACGAUUAUUCUUCUUCUGAUGACUCUGACGUUGACUUCGUAAAAUUACAAGCGGAGAGAAAGGCUAAAUCGAUGAAAGCAGUUAGAGCUAUGAAAGGGUUAUCGAAUCAACAAGAAGAUCACUACCAAGAUGAUUCAGAUUCAGAAAUAUCGGAGCCUAUACCGGAGAAAAAGAUGAACAGAAAUAGAAGACGUAGUAGUUCGAUGUCAAAACCAAAGUUUGGUAGGAGGAAAUCUGAUGUAGCAUUGCCAGAUAUCAAUUUCAAAUUCGAAUUUGAUGAUUAUAAUAAGUUUGAUAACGCCAUAAUUGAUGAAGAAGACGAAGAGGAUGAACUAGAAGGGAUUGAAAAAGUCCAGGCAUCAAGCGGUGGAGACAAGGAGGAGGAUAUCGGUGAGGAGGUAAGUUAUGCUGCACCUAUUAAGAAACAAUAUGCAUCUAAUGAUAACGAUAAUAAUGACAUUGCCACUAAUCACAAUUUUGAAUUCGACUUCGAUUUUAAUACACAACUACCCCAGGUUCCGAGGAUCAAUGAUACUGAACUAAAUUCUGAUGAAGAUUAUGAAAUUGAUGAUAAUGAAUUGCUAGCUACUUUGCAAGCAGAUAAUGAUAUGGAUCAGUUUUCCGCUCCUAAUAAUACAACGACACAUACAAGAAACAAUUCUAUUGGAUCAUACGGUGAUGAAGAAGAAAAUGAUCCGUUUUUGAAGGAAGAAGAAAAGUUUCUUGUUAAUGAAUUUGAGAAUAAUGGUUUUGAUGAGGAUGAUUCUGUGAAUGUCGGAAGCUUUGAUUAUAAUGACCCCUCGGACAGGGAUAACUUGAUCGAUUCGUUUAAUGUAAUGAAUGCAAAUCAGAAUAAGGAUGUGAUUCAAUACGCUAGUAGUGCCGAUAGUAAGUCAGAUGAAGAUGAUGAGGAUGACGAAGAUGACGAAGACGAAUAUGAUGAUUUUAUUGACUUUGACGCUCCGUUAUUCGAUAAAGAUGAAGAAGAUGAUUAUGAUGUCUAUGAAGAGUUUAAAGUAAAUGACCAUGAUAGUAGAAAACAUUUGCAGCAUAAGAAAAAGAGACCAAAGUCAAGGAAGAGAACCAAUGGAAUUGGCAAUAGUGACGAGGAAGACGAUUCCUAUUUGUGGAACUAUUUUUUUAGUUCUGAUAAUAGCUCACUGAGUGGUGAAGAUGAAGAGAAUUAUAGGUAUGAUGAUUCUGAAGAAAAAGUAAUAAUGGAGAAACUUUUCAAAAAUAUGGAAAAGGAGAACCGUUCUAAGAAGCUUAUGCGCCGCAAAAGUAAGCUGAUGGCACUUGAUAAAAAUCAUUAUAUACCAUCGGAUAAUGGAUAUGAAAGUGGCGAAUCUACUGACGUAGACUUGAGUCUUCCACCUUCUACAGACAAGAAAUCUGGAUCGAAAAUGGCAAAAGAAGUGUUAUCUUCAAAGACAGCUGACUAUAGACCUCCGGUAUUAGGUACUUGGGCUGCGAUUGACAGCAAACCUUUUGGAAUUAUUGACGGUUUAUCAACUAGAUCUUUGGGCAAUAAUGCCACUGUCAAUAACUCUAACAAUAAGCAAAUGGAACCUAGACUGCUUUCUCGAAAAGGUAUCGCUCCACUACAUACAAAUACAACAACAGAUGACCUGGCAUUGGGUCUAGAUGAACUCUUAAAUGUCAGUGAACUAGAUGAUGAUGACGAGAAUGAUGCCAAAAUAUGGAGAGAUUUUAAUAAUCAAAAGAAACAAGUACCGUUGGGUGCAUUUCGUAACAAAUCCAUUCUACAAAAUCAAUUAAUACACCCAGAGAACGUUACCGUACCAAAUAAUUCCUCCUACAACCAUACCAGCAAGUCCAAUAAUGAAUUCAAUAAAAGAAGAUACUCUUUAUCAAACCACCAAGAUACCGGUUCUUGGAGAAAUAAUCUGGCCACCAAGUAUGCAAGCGUGAAAAAGCCUGUACAUGAUCGUAAAUUUUCACUGUCCCAUUUACCGAUUCCAAAUAUUGAUUCUCCCAUUAAAAACGUCCCCUCUAAACUCAAAAGAAGACGUGCAUCGAUCGUAGAAGCCGUAUCCGAGGGCUUAAGGCCAACCAAGUCAGGUCUUUUUAAUGAAGAUGCAUUGGCUGAUGUUGAAGAAAUCCUCGGCGAAGAUACAGAUUUAAUGGGCUUGAUAAAGGGCUUAUGA